AUGAGUGCAGUCAAUAGUACACCCCUCACAAAGGAGUAUCAUGAUUUAACAGUUAGGAAUAUAGAAAUGCUCAAAGGACGAAGCUUUCCUGGGAAGGUUAUGCUAACCCGAAGAUCCGAGCCAAUUUCACCUCCUGAAUACUCCCCACGCUCUGAGAAUGAUCACUAUGAAUAUGAACAAAAUGAAGGCUCACAGGAGGUAGAAGGGCAAGCAUCUGGAAAUACGACUGACAACAUCAGUUCUAAGAAACCAAUUUCACCAUCGACAAGUAGCGUCAAUUCAUUACCAGAUGCCCAGGGUUUAGUUUCCGGGGCUAGAGCAACAGAUUCCGCAAGGAUUACCAAAUUCACAAAUGAACUCUCUAGGCCAGCUGUUAUAUUAGAUAAAUUGCGUGAAUUAUCUUGGAGUGGCGUGCCACCUUAUAUGCGACCUAACAUAUGGAGGCUUCUUUUGGGAUAUGCACCACCCAAUGCGGAUAGAAGAGAAGGUGUUUUAACGAGGAAAAGACUUGAGUAUGUUGAGUGUGUUUCUCAAUACUAUGAUAUUCCGGAUACUGAACGCUCUGAUGAAGAGAUUACAAUGCUUCGCCAGAUUGCUGUUGAUUGCCCAAGAACUGUCCCGGAUGUUACAUUUUUCCAGGAUCCUCAGAUUCAGAAAUCCUUGGAGCGCAUUUUAUAUACCUGGGCCAUCAGGCACCCUGCAAGUGGCUACGUCCAAGGAAUAAACGACCUUGUUACACCAUUCUUGAUUGUGUUCUUAUCAGAGCACUUAGAAGGCAAUAUGGACACUUGGUCCAUGGAGAACCUUUCUUUGCAGGACGUUUCUAAUAUAGAAGCAGACUGCUAUUGGUGUCUCUCGAAGUUUCUGGAUGGCAUGCAGGACCAUUACACCUUUGCACAACCUGGAAUACAACGCCUUGUAUUCAGGUUGAAAGAGUUGGUUCACCGAAUAGAUGAACCUUUAUCGAAGCACAUAGAGGAACAAGGGUUGGAGUUCCUUCAGUUUGCCUUCCGUUGGUUCAAUUGUCUUCUGAUACGUGAGGUUCCAUUUCAUCUCGUGACACGCUUGUGGGAUACGUAUCUUGCUGAAGGAGAUUAUCUACCAGAUUUUCUCGUGUACAUAUCAGCUAGCUUUUUGUUAACAUGGUCGGAGAAGCUGCAGAAGCUGGAUUUCCAGGAGAUGGUCAUGUUCCUCCAGCACCUCCCGACCAGGAACUGGGCGCACCACGAGCUCGAGAUGGUCCUCUCCAGGGCGUACAUGUGGCACACCAUGUUCAAGAGCUCGCCCAGCCAUCUUGCCAACUAG